UUUUUAAUUUGCUCUAGGUAUAUCUGGGAAAAGUCAGCUUCUCUUUGCACUGGUGUUCACUACUCGAUACCUGGAUCUCUUCACUUCAUUCAUUUCACUUUAUAACACUUCUAUGAAGCUAAUCUACAUUGCUUGCUCAUAUGCUACAGUCUAUCUGAUCUACAUGAAAUUUAAGGCUACCUAUGAUGGGAAUCAUGAUACGUUCAGAGUCGAGUUUCUUGUGGUUCCGGUUGGUGGACUCUCUUUUCUGGUCAAUCAUGACUUCUCCCCUCUAGAGAUCUUGUGGACUUUCUCCAUCUACUUGGAGUCUGUUGCGAUUCUUCCCCAACUUUUUAUGAUCAGUAAAACUGGGGAAGCAGAGACCAUCACUACUCACUAUCUUUUCUUUCUGGGCCUCUACCGUGCCUUGUACCUUAUCAACUGGAUUUGGCGUUACUAUUUUGAGGGAUUCUUUGACCUCAUAGCCGUGGUGGCUGGGGUGGUCCAGACUAUUUUGUACUGUGACUUCUUCUAUUUGUACGUUACAAAAGUACUCAAAGGGAAGAAGCUCAGUUUGCCAGCAUAAGUGCCAAGGGUAGUCAUCCCCAUCUGUCAUCUUGGAUGCGUAGACAGAACAAUCCUGACCUUCAAGAGGUUGAAGAUGCUCGAAUAGAUGGCCUCCCCCUCUUCUUGCAGAGAGUCCUCCGUGGGCUCUGUAGGACCAGAGAACCAGCUGACUUCUGUUUGAGGCAUCUUGCCUUUUCUCUUUUUUUAUUACUAUGUAUAAAGAUUUUUUACCUGAGAGAAACUUAAUACCGUGUGGAUUUAAUUCAGUGUGUAGUUUCAAUUGGAAUAGUUCCAAAAACAGUGAGGUUUUUUUGGGGGGGUGGGGUUCUUGGUGAUCAGGAAUAAGUGCAAACACUUAUUUUCAAAAGAUUCUCUUUAAAUUGCUGAGUUAUUUUGACGCGCCCAGGCCCAUGCUGACUGUUGGAUGGUAACUGUUCUUUCCUGUUUGAUUUCAAAUUUCAUUCCGCUGUAUUUAUUUUCCUCCUUUCCCCCCAAAUGUUGAGAGUUUUGUGUCGGCUGGAAUCAAACUACAAAUGUCAGAAAAGUCUCAUGGAAAAGAUGUCACCGUUUCACAAAUGCCUCGAAUCGCUCGUUUUCCUCCUCUUUCCACAAAGGGAUGUUUCUAUAGUGUCUGCUGAUGAAUACUUUCCUCUACCUCUGUUCACCUCCUGAUGACAUUCGCUUAAGACUAUUUGGUGCCAAUGCAGAUUUUUUUCUCUCCAAUGUAGUGGUUUAGCAGCAAUCAUUCCUGUUUCCACGUGCCCCAUUCAGACUAAAAUCGUUCCACAUUUUUUGGAGGUUUUUCUUUUCCUACUCAUAGCAGCGUUAACACUACCCCUGCACUUGUCCAGUUGAAGUAAUCUAUAGGUGGCAAUUUUUAACGAUGUCUCCGACUUUUUUAAUACAGAAUCCUUUUACAAGUAAUGUCUUUGUUUAGCUUUCCGGCAAUUUUAGAUGUGCCAGUUUUGGACAGUUAAUUGUCACUUUUAUAGACUUGUUCCUGAAUCAGCAGCACCAAGUCCUGUUCUCUAGCUUCCCUUUUUUACUGAGCUGUUGCAUGAUUUAUCCUGUGUUACCAUCCUAAAUAAACAUUUUAUGAAGUGGUUCUCCAUUGUGGUGUCCUCAAAUGAUCCCGCUGCUGCAGUUGAUCUCCGUGAAUUGCUGUGACUUGGAAGCGUUCAAAUCAGCGCUCAGUUACAUCUUGGCUAUACAGUAAAGGCACCGUCCCGCCUCAUUUAUCUGCAAAAUAGGUGUAGCUUUCAAAUUGUAAAGUGUUGGCAGUAUUUUUUUUUUUUUAAUCACAAUAGCUGCAAAGAAAACGUUAGAACGUACUGAAGUGAUAUUGAGAGAGUUGGCCCUAGGAUGGUUGGAGCCCAAGGUUCUUUCGAAAUGCGGAAGCCGCUGAGUCUUCCUCCUGGAUCUGUGUGGUUGCCUACCUGACAAAUAGACUAAAGAAAAAGAACAAAUAAUUGUUCUUUUGCAGCGAGUUGAGGCCUUUGGAUCAUUUGCAUAAGUCACCUCAAUUAGUUUCAGAUGAAGUGCUUCCUGGUGCUUCCAGCACCACCUCCCAUCACCUAAGCCUUUUGUAAAUUGAAGGAAGCAAUUAUUGGUGGGUCGAAGCAAUGAAAGAAGUGGGCGAAAAGAGCAGGAACUUCACAGGAAAAAUAUCUAUCUGAAAUUGCAAGAGGGUCAGUCAUCUAUUGACUGGAGAAAAGCAGCACCUCAAUUCAAACCUUUUAUUUUGUGUAUGUAUAAUUUUCUGUUCCAAAUAUAUAUUUUUUUUCUCACUCUA